AGGAAGAUCUCUCGGAAGUCCUUUCUCAAGGUCAAAGCGUUCUGUAGGAGGGAGAGGCCCCAUCCCCCCCCCCCAGUCUGCUUGGAGGCCUUGGCUGUUGACUGCCCUAAGAUUCUCUGGGACGGGCGCACUUCUCAUCUGGGAUAUCUUUCUUUCUAAUUUACUAUUUUUCACUUCGGGAAAUUAACCUUUGGGUGUUUGGGGAAUUACUUUCUAAAUUAAAGCCAUUUGCUAGUACUGUUUUCCUUGUAUUUUUCUCCAACAUUUUUACGACCCGUGGAAGAUGGCGCACUUCUCGUCCAGUCUGGUUUUACUUGUGGUCGUUUCCAGUGCGUUUGAAUCUGGACUCAUUGCUGGGUUGGGCCACCGUGAGCCGGCUAUUCCAUCUCCGAGAGACCUGGCCAUCAGAGAUAACAGCCUUCGGAACCAGGAAGAACCUGCAUUCCGAUCUCGCUCUUUCCAGUUUGUGCCUCCCAUGGGGAUAGAGAACAGUAAGUUGCUUAAUAAAACUUGCUGCCUGAAUGGAGGGACCUGUAUCCUGGGGUCCUUCUGUGCCUGUCCACCUUCCUUCUAUGGACGCAACUGUGAACGUGAUGUACGAAGAGAGCACUGUGGGUCUGUCCUCCAUGGCACCUGGCUGCCCAAGAAGUGUUCCCUGUGCAGGUGUUGGCAAGGCCAGCUCCACUGUUUUCCUCAGACCUUUUUACCUGGCUGUGGUGGUCAUGUGAUGGACAGUGAUCUCCCAGCAUCCAGGACUCCAGGACGAGCACCGUCUGUGCUGACUACUUUCAUACUGGCUGGCAUUUGCCUUUUUCUGGAAAUGAAAGUGUAGCUGUCUGUCAUAUGAACUCAAUGCCAGUAUCCUAACAAAAAUGAUCAUUUGUCUAUCAUUUGGAAGUAAUGCUCAUAUGAUCCCUGACACCCCCCUCAACACUAACUAGGCCUUACCUCUGCACAGCUCUGCUCCUUUCUGGCUGUGCUGGCAGUCAAAGCCAUAGCCUGUGUGUGCCAAGCAUUCUAACAUUGAGCUAUCCCAGCCUAAAAGCCACUCUACUUAAGAACUGUACUACAUGGCCAUAUCCUGGUUUGUUUUUUUUUAAUUUAUUUCAUUUUUAUUUUAUGUGCAUUGGUGUUUUGCGUGCCUGAGGGUAUCUGUCCCCUGGAA